CCUCGUUUGUUCCGCUUUAAGAUUGGCUCUCCUUCGACUUCCGGCAUUCCCGGGGGCUUCCGCUGUGAUGGUGGCCUGAGGUCUCUGCCGUCGCGCUGGUCGCUGCGGCCGUCCGUCCGUCCGUCGGCGAAGUCGCUGGCCCCGCGGACGGGGAUGUGACCGCGGGCCCCAUCAGCCUGUCCCCGGGCUCUGCGCCAGCUCUCCUGCCCUUCACCCUCCUUCCCCUCUGCCCGCCAUGGCGGGGUCUGGCUGCCUGUGGGGCGCGGAGCCGCCCCGCUUCCUGGAGGCCUUCGGACGGCUCUGGCAGGUACAGAGCCGGCUGGGCAGCGGCUCCUCGGCCUCCGUGUACCGGGUACGGUGCUGCGGGACUCCUGGAUCGCCGCCCGGGGCCCUCAAACAAUUCCUACCACCCGGGACCACCGGGGCCGCAGCCUCGGCCGCCGAAUACGGCUUUCGUAAGGAGAGGGCGGCGCUGGAACAGUUACAAGGCCACCGAAACAUCGUGACCCUGUAUGGAGUAUUUACUAUCCAAUUUUCUCCAAAUAUGCCAUCACGCUGUCUACUUCUUGAACUACUGGAUGUCAGUGUUUCGGAACUGCUUUUAUAUUCUAGUCAUCAAGGAUGUUCCAUGUGGAUGAUCCAACACUGUGCCAGAGAUGUUUUAGAGGCCCUGGCUUUUCUUCACCAUGAGGGUUAUGUCCAUGCAGACCUAAAGCCACGUAACAUACUGUGGAGUGCAGAGAAUGAAUGCUUUAAACUUAUUGACUUUGGUCUUAGCUUCAAGGAAGGCAAUCAGGAUGUAAAGUAUAUCCAGACAGACGGGUAUCGGGCUCCAGAAGCAGAAAUACAGAAUUGUUUGGCCCAGGCUGGGCUACAGAGUGAAACGGAAUGUACCUCAGCUGUUGAUUUGUGGAGCCUCGGAAUCAUCUUACUGGAAAUGUUCUCAGGAAUGAAACUGAAACAUACGAUCAGAUCUCAGGAAUGGAAGGUAAACAGUUCAGCUAUCAUUGAUCACAUAUUUGCCAGUAAAGCUGUGGUGACCUCUGCAAUCCCAGCCUAUCACCUCAGAGACCUUAUCAAAAGCAUGCUUCAUGAUGACCCAGGCAGAAGAAUUCCAGCUGACAUGGCGCUAUGUAGUCCCUUCUUUAGCAUUCCUUUUGCCCCUCAUAUUGAAGAUUUGGUGAUGCUUCCUACGCCUGUGCUAAGAUUGCUCAAUGUAUUGGAUGAUGACUAUCUCGAGAAUGAGGAAGAAUAUGAAGAUGUUGUAGAAGAUGUGAAAGAAGAGUGUCAGAAGUAUGGGCCAGUGGUGUCUCUGCUUGUUCCAAAGGAGAAUCCAGGCAGAGGUCAGGUCUUCGUUGAAUAUGCAAAUGCAGGUGAUUCCAAAGCUGCCCAAAAAUUACUGACUGGAAGGAUGUUUGAUGGGAAGUUUGUUGUGGCCACAUUCUACCCACUGAGUGCCUAUAAGAGGGGAUACCUGUACCAAACCUUGCUUUAAUCACUGACCUGCUAUCAGGAGACUUGUUUGCGCCUCUUCUUCCAUUUUCUAGGUUAUUGUGUUUUCCAUCUGAAUGCAAAAGAAGCUUACCAUCCUAACAGGAGUAAUUUGUAUAUUUAAUCCUAUUGGCCUAAAGCGUUUUCCAAACAGUGAUUGCAAACUAAAUCAUAUUUCAUACUGGGUAGGACAGGAUCUUCUGCCUAAACACCGAGGUGUUUAUAGCAUAUAUGUGGCGUCCCUUGUCUCUGCAGUAGGGCAGGUGCUGACAUUCAAUAUAGAAUCCAGAAAAGAAUAAUUCAGUUUUAUGGUCAUGGAGCAAGUUAUUGAUGGUAUGUUCCAGUGAAUAUUUCACCAAAAAUAUUAGGAUGUUAAUACCAGUUAGAGAUUUUUCUUUUUUGUCUUGUCAGGUAAUUUUUCCUCUAAUUGAUAAUCAUACUGGCAUUGGAUGUUCUUAGUACUAUUAAGUAAUGAGUGCUUAGGCAGUAAUUUACUAGUUGGUUUUUAACAUGAAGUUGUGAUUUUUUUAAAAGGAGCACUAUAGCCACCCUGAAUGUUCCUUUAAAGAGACUGCAGUGAGGCUACCUAAACAUUUUAAUUUUAAUUGAGACAUUUAAAUUGGAAAGUUAAUGAUUAAUCUUGCACAAUUUUUACGCCUGGUGCGUGUGUGUGCGUGUGUGCGUGUGUGUAUGAUUGCCAAAGUCAAAUAUGUAUUUUCUGUUGAUUAAUACAGUUUAGGCUUGUUAUUUUUCCCCUGUAUGUCUUAGAGCUUUAAGAUCUGAGAAGUAAAUUUGGUAACAUGGGUGCUCAGUUAUAAUUUCUAUAAAUUUCAAAAUAGGCCAUUAUUUCCUGAGCAAUUUGUAGCAAACUUUGGGACUGAAAGAAUAAUGAGAAGGGGAAAAGUAAAAUCUAAACUGUAAUUUUUUAAAUGUACAUUGAAAUCCUCUUAAAAGUGAAAUCUAAGGAAUUGAGGAAGUUACUUAAUUUAGGAGUUUUGCUACACAUGUUUUCAUAUCCAGUCUGUUGUAGGGCCUCUAUAAGCCCAGCAGCAAGACUUCUUGAGCUAUGCUUUUCUCUGCUGCAAGAAAAUUGAACUGGGAUCAAAAAGGAUGGAAUUAAAUAAAAUGUGUAAAAAGGGGAAGAUAGGAAAAAGGAAAAGAAGGUUAAAUAAUUAAAAUUUUCUUUUUUAAUGUUUUCUCAUUUCUUUUUGGUAGAAAUAGCAGUUGAAGGAGCAGAGUGGACUGGCUUUGGAUUGUAGAUGAUUUAGGAAGCAAUAGAGAUGUGUUGUUAAUGGAGAGGUGGAGAGCAAAAAGAGAAGAGCAUCUGUACUUGGCUCUAAGGAAUUCAGAAUCUGAGCUGCUAAUCAAAUGUGAUAACAAGGAUUUCAAUAUUAAUGAGUUCAUUAGAUGUAUAUUCUGUUGAUGCAGUUUUGUUCUUCAUGGUGGUGCUUGAGACUAUUUUCCCUAAUAUGUUUUCUUUAAAGGAUUUCACUGUAUUAAAAUUAGGAAGUGUGAAUAUCAAUAGAUAGCACUGAUGCUUUCAACUUCCAAUGAGUGUAAAAAAAUUGUAUAAUAAUAUGAAUUGUCUAUUCCCUUAUAUGAACCAAGUGUUUUUGUAAAAAGGAAAAUGUCUUGUUCUUUCCAGACUGGAAACUGAUAGCAGUGACCUUCAUCAUAGUCUUGCCUUGUGUAUGACAUGUGCAGGCCACUAAUUGUAAUUAGAAUUUUCAUUUAGAGUGAGGAUUUUUAACGUUUUAAAUCAGUCAGUGUUUGUCACCUAGAUUAUUUAGUGUUAUUUAGGCAUACUGGAAUUUCCCCAUAAAAUAGUAUUUGUUGUAGAUGACCUUAUUUAUUGACGUACUGAAAGGACUUUGUUAAAAGGUAGUCUCAUCUAUAAGAUGAUCCUAUGGCAUGUGCCCCAGAGAUACCAAUAUAGUGAGGCUCCCAUGUGUUUUUUAAAUGAAGAACCUUUAUUGUUAUUUUAAUCUCCUUCCUAAAGCUUCAAUUUUUAAAUUUAAGAUUCACCCACAGAUCCAGUGAUGCAGAGAACCUAAACUUACCUAAACAUGAACUCAUCUUCCUUUUAUACCAAUGGUAACUUCCAAAGUGGUUAGUAAUACCAGGUCUUUACAUUGAAGGCAUAGAGGUUGAUGGGUACAGAACACAAGUAAAUUCUUCCUAAGGAAAAGUAGUCUACAUCAGUAAGAGGUAGUUUUAUAAUGUGUCCAAAAAUAUCCUCAGAAGUAAACUACAGAUAAACUAUUGAGUUUAUUAAUUCAAUGUGCUGCUGGCAUCCUGAUGCUGAACUCUGCAUUCUUUACUUGAUGGUUUUCCUGCUGGUGACAUCUUUGUAUACAUACCAUACACUGUAUUGUGUGAUUAACACAUAGACUGUAGAGUUUGACAGAACAUUUGAGGUAAAUUUUGGGGAUCAAGAAGAGUAUGAUGAGCUUAAGUGAUAAUGUUUUCAGAUGCCAAGGUGAUUUUUAAAAAUAGUAAGUCAAAACAACAAAGAUCUUUAAAAGCCUCUUAUGAUGUGUUUGGAAUUGUCAGGCCUCUCAUGAAACUUGGCUUAGCUUUACUACCAAAGAUGAUAUUGGCUUGUCUUUUCCCCAUUCUAACUUUAAUGUAGUUUAAUCUUUUGAAGUCUGACCACAUCAAUUUGAAGACAACAGUUUUCACAGUUUAUUUUUAGGAUAAAAUGUUGGGCAAGAUUUUGAUGAUUUGAAAUCAAUAAGGAUCUUUUGAUUGUUUUUUAGUGGAGCAGGAUAAAGGGAUCUUAUCACUUAACCCCCCCAGCCUCCUGGCCAAAUUAAAACUCAGGUAAUUCUAUUUCUGAUUUUAUGCCUCAGCUAUCAUCACAACACUUAUUCAAAAAUUGGGUUGAAAUUUUUUUCUUAAUUUCCUUCAUUUAACUAUUCCAUAGUAUUAACAUAUAACUAUUAAACAGCUGUGCUUUGCUUCCACAAAAGUAGUGACUACUUAAAACCCUUUACAUAUAAUAUAUUUUGGCCCCUUGGAAUCCUUCAGUAAGAGGUGCUGGGAGUAGUCACUUUCAAAACACUUGAAUAUGUAGAGGAAACAAGUCAAUUUGACCAAUUGAGUUACACUUUGACACCUCACACUUUAUAAGAAUAGCACUAACUAAAGGUAAGUGUCAACUAUAUUUUAAGGGAACUAAAAUAUAUCAAGUCUCUCACAAUGUGGAAACUUUAGAGUUAUUACUAUUGGAUGUCUUCCAUGCUUUGCAAUCAUCACAACAGUAUCACUCUUUUGAGGAGUUUCUUUUCUGCUAUGACUUGAGCUGAAAGUAAGUCUACCUUUAUUUGAGUCACCCUCUUCCCCCAAGUUUCACCAAGGUAAGGAUUUGCCUUUAUAGGAUUCAUGCUGCUAAACAGUUUUGAGAUUACCAUUCUAUUAAAUGAACCUUUUAAAUAUCCUGAAAUCUUUGUUUAACAUGUGCUCUUUUACAUUCAUUUAUAUUAUUUUUACUGAUUUUAUAAUUAUUGAUCACAUUCAUUAAAAGUAAUCCUAGAAUUGCCUUCUAGAAUACAUUGCAGCUAUGUGCAAAGAAGGCCAAGAGGGGAAAACAUACAUUUUGUAUCAUAAUCUUCAACAUAAUUGUUCAUGAGAGAUUUAGUGCCAUGGCCACUAAAACCUGCCAGAAAAUGAGUAUUCUGUCCUGCUGCUGAUUUGGCAUUACUUGUCAAAAAUAGUUGAUAUUACAUUUAUAAUUUAAGAUUUAUUUAUAAGUUGGGUCCAUUUUGAGUUUUUUGUCAGACAGUACCCUGCUACAUCAGUUAUUGUAGCAUAACAUGUCUUUAAAUUGAAUUUUUAAAAUCAUUAUUUUGUGGAAAUGAAUUUAUCAGUAUAGUUGCACUUGAGCACUCAUCAGUAAGUUACCAUGUGCUUUAUCUGUAACAGUUACCUAGGAUAUACAGUCUCCCAGGGUAUAACAUUAUUUAGAUUCAAGUGCACAUGCACUUAACAAUUUUAGCUUAACAGAUGUGGAUACGCAAAGAAUUAAUUAAGCAAGUGCCUUGUAUUUACUGGAAAAUAUUAAUAACCAUUUCGGUAGUAAGCCUUCUAAAGGAGAAAAAAAUCUUUUGACUUUUCCCCUGGCAGAAUUUUCAGAAUGAGUUAUGUAGUAGUCUAUCUUGAGUCUAUGCUAUUUCCUUUUUUUUUAAAAUAGAAAUCUGUAUUUGGUUUUCUGCUUCCAUAAGUGAUGGAAAAAUAGUUUAUCCAACAGAAUUUCAUCUCUUUCCCCACCCCCAACCCCCAGUUUGAUUUUUGUGAUGACUGAAACCAAACAGUCUGACUAUGCUAUAACAUCAUCAGUGCUCUAAUUUCCUUUUUAAAGUUGCCACAGUAUCAGCAGGCAUAGAUGAGUGGUCUUUGAGCUGGAUUGUUGUAUUUACAUCAGAGGUAUCACAGAUGUCAGGGAUCAUCUUUUCACAUGCAGAAUGUGGCCAUUUCUUGAAGAGACCAAUAUAUCAUUUUUAUUUAGGGAAUUGUGAUUUUUUAAGCAAAGGUUAAUCUCAGCCUUCUCAAGAAAUACAAAUUAUUCAGCCUCUAUAAAAAUGUACACCUCUUGUGAUACUUUCACUUAAGAUAAAUUUUCUUACUUAUAGAGGCUUGUAUUUUAACCAUUGGGAGCAUCAUGAAUUUAAAUGUGACAAUAUUUAUCUGAGUUUACUUUCCUAACCUAAUGCCACAGGACAAUACCAUAUUUAUCAUCUUCCCCUCUUUGACUUUCCCCAUAAAUUUUUUCUAAUUUAACUAGAGAUCCAUAUAUUGGCAUGUAGGUGGAAAGUAUUGUGGAUAUGUAAGCAACUUCACAAUUUAAACAUUUCCCAGGAUAAGAGAAAUGGACUAUACAGUUUAUCUGUAAACAAAUGACAACUUGGAUCAAAUGGUCUUCAGAAAGCAAAACAGUGAAGAUAACAAUUUUUGGGAUCUUUACUACAGAAUUUUCCAUUCCUUUUCCUAAACAGCCUAAACUCUUCACUUUUCUUUGUACUUAGGUAGCUUCAUGGGAUGCUGAAAUCAUAGAUUUCGUGUUAGAAAAGAUCUUAGAAGUCAAUGAGUCCAACCCUCUUAUAGAUGAAUAAGAAAAGAGGAUAAUUGAAAUAUCCACGGUCACAUGGCUAGUAUGUAUCAGAGGCAGGAUUUGAGCCCAUCUUCCUGAGUCCCAAAUCUAGCACUCUUAUUUGAAGAUACUCUACUGCCUCUUACCAACUUUAGGAAGAUUGAUGUUUCACACCUGUUACAAUUGUUUUAACUCAUAGUUAUUAUACUCCAUGUCUGUUUUGUUUGUGGCAGCAUAACUGUUGGAUUACAUAUUAUCCAAUGAUUGCCUAAAAGGAAUAACAUUUUCCAUAAAGUGGAGAGAUAUUUAUUAUUACUUGGAGAAAAUGGGUGGACAUUUUUUCCUUUUUUUUUUGGUCUUAUUUCUCAUUAACCUUAAUUUAAGUUCAGAAGGAAACUCACUCAAUUUUAAUAUGUGAUGAUUGACCUUUGGUUUUUUUUGGGGAGUAGAAAGUACAUUUUCACACAAAAGUAAUAGCAAGAUUAAAAAUUUAGAGUUAGAAGGAACCCGUAUCUAUGCCAAUGCCCUCAUGUUACAUAUGAGAAACAGACCCAGGGAGGUUGUGAUUUGUCCAAGGUCACCUAGGUAAUGCUAGAGGUCUUGUUUGAAUCCAGUUCCUCUGACUGAUGGCCCAGUGUGCUUUUCACUAUACAAUACUAUCUGUUAGUAUAAAAGUAAAUCGUACUUCUAACAAACUGGAAUAAAUCAAGAAACUUUUAUAAUGAGCCCUUCACUAAAGGUUUAGGAUUACUUAUUGAAAUCAAUUUUUAAUUCUCAGCAUGUCCAUGCCUUAUGGUAAACAUUUUUAUCUCACUGGUAUUACUUUUCCCUUUCUUUUGGUCAGCCCAAUACUCUUCAUUUCAUAUAAUUCAGAUUAUGCAAAUUAUUAAUAUUCAUGUGUUACUAGAAGCAAAUAUAAAAUAUUCCAAAGCCACAUGUACUUUUGAAUUGUUUGGUUUUCCUGGGUAGAGUUCUUUAUAUUAAAAAAUAGAGAAAUAGUAGGAAGAAAAUGAUUUUCCCCUCAACUGACCUUAUUAAUCUUAUACAUACUUAAAGCAAAUUGAGUUCAUGAAAACAAAGCAAAGAAACAACAUAGCACUUCAGAUUCAGAAUGUGAAACAGAACAAUUCAUUAUUUUUCCAACCCCCCGCCCCCCUGUAAAAUCCUUAUUAAGCCAGGUUUGGAUAAAAAACAAAAACAUCUAGUCCUAUUUUUUGUUUUUAUUUUGUAUUUUAAACUCAGUGAUCUCUGACUUUAGUGGGAACUGGUGUUUGGUAUCGCCCAUGUGAGUAAACUCAUCAUAAACUGGGAAAUAGCCAUCUCCGUAUUUCCAUUUGCACAUUGGAUAUAGUAGGUGGCAUUAGUAUGCACUAGCUGCAAAGUAAUAGCACCUUAUUAUUGGAGUAAAUAGUGUUUAUUUAUAAAAAAUAUGUAGGGUUUUUUAUGUGUGCAUCUAUGUAGAAUAUCUCUUUAAAAAAUGUGAACCUAGAUAUAAUUUCAUAUAGUUAUUUACCCUUUUGUUAACCUUGCUCUCAUAAAACCUGAAAUCAUUCAACAUUCCUUUAGAUUCUAUUUCAAAGCUUGGGUAGUAGGGAUUGUACUCCUACAAAGGGAGUACAGCCAUUACUCCCUUUUGUUCACUCUCAGAAAUCCAUUAAUUAUGAUCAAGAAGGUUUAACCUUAGUUACCUCCACUAUCACAGUAAAAUGGUGGUGGGUGUUAAGACCUACUGUAUUGAUUCCAGAAAUACACAACUAUUGUGUUUUUUUGAUAGCAAGUUAUGAUUGAAAAAGUGAGACAGAAUACUUAAACCAAAGCCAGUUAUAGGGAGUAUUCUCUUCCUGACAUCCACCUUCACCUCAGUACUACAAGGAAACUGCAGUGCAUAGUGAGCAAUCCAAUGCAUUGUCUCUGUAACAUUUCUACAGAAGGUCUCUGUGCUUAAUGUAUGUCUGGCCUUUCUUGGCUCUAUGGAUGGGGUCUGGUCUAGAUGAGUUUCAUACUACUAUAAGGUUUUUCCUUUUAAAUAAUUGAACAGAACAGUAAAUGUAGAUUUGUGUCAACACCAAGAAGUAAACUGCUUUAUUCUAAUUGUAUACAAGGACACUAAUUGUUUUUCAACUUUCCAUUCAAGCUUUUUUGGAUAUUACAGUUUUUUUGCUAUUGAAUAGCAAAGGACUUCCAUUUGUUUUCUACUUUCCCUUUGCCCUAAAAGUAUAAACACUGCAUUUCAGUUUGACUGUGUUGCAAAUAGUUGGUUUGCUGUAAAUUUUUCUGUAAACACGAUUGCCUUGUUCAGUUUUGCUGUAAACUGACUUACCAUAUGAUGCACUGUUGAUAUGUUUUCUGAUGUGUGCUUGAUAAGAGUGAUGAAAUAAAGCUUAAAAUAUA